CUGAUGAGCCCGACGGUGCCAGGAAACAGAGCUACCUAUUUCAUAUUUGUUUUGCCAUUUGUACCGGAGAACCGCUGCCCCUGCAGUGUAAAGAAGAUAGCUAAUAUAUUGACGUAUCAUUGAAUGAUAUCCUGCUAUCAGUGGCUGAAGAAUGUCGCCAUGUUUGUUUUUGCUCCGGGCUAUGUUUAGUGUGUAGCUGCCAGGGUAACAGCUAGCUAAAUAACUGUCUUGUCUGCCUACGUUUUUAGGCAGACAAGACGUUUUAAACACAACAUCUUUUUCUUCCACUUUUCCUUUGGGGGCUGGCGGCAAGCCACUCGUUUACUCUGGAGCAGGACACGGAGGAGGGUACGGCCAUGACAGGAGAGACUGCAGCCGCCCUCCCGAUGAGUAACCACACCCGAGAGAGGGUGACGGUGGCCAAGCUGACGCUGGAGAACUUCUACAGCACUCUGCUCACGCAACACGAGGAGCGGGAGACGAGGCAGAAGAAGCUGGAGAAGGCCAUGGAUGAUGAGGGCUUACCAGAUGAUGAGAAAGUAAUGCGCCGUUCGCAGCACGCUCGCAAGGAGACGGAGUUCUUGAGGCUGAAGAGGACGCGGCUGGGCUUGGAUGACUUUGAAUCUCUUAAAGUCAUCGGGCGCGGUGCUUUUGGAGAAGUGCGUUUGGUGCAGAAAAAGGACACCGGGCACAUUUACGCCAUGAAGAUUUUAAGAAAAGCUGACAUGCUGGAAAAAGAGCAGGUCGCACACAUCAGGGCAGAAAGGGAUAUUCUGGUGGAAGCAGACGGCGCCUGGGUCGUUAAGAUGUUUUACAGCUUCCAGGACAAGAGGAACCUCUACCUCAUCAUGGAAUUUCUACCUGGAGGUGACAUGAUGACCCUGCUGAUGAAGAAGGACACCCUGUCAGAAGAAGCCACCCAGUUCUACAUAGCAGAGACGGUCCUGGCCAUUGACUCCAUCCACCAGCUGGGCUUCAUCCACAGAGACAUCAAACCGGACAACCUGCUGCUCGACUCCCGGGGCCAUGUGAAGCUGUCUGACUUUGGUCUCUGUACCGGACUGAAGAAAGCUCACCGCACGGAAUUUUACAGAAACUUGACACACAACCCACCGAGUGACUUUUCUUUUCAAAACAUGAACUCCAAGCGGAAAGCAGAAACCUGGAAGAAGAAUCGGAGACAACUGGCGUAUUCCACCGUGGGAACGCCGGACUACAUUGCCCCUGAAGUUUUCCUGCAGACGGGCUACAACAAGCUGUGCGACUGGUGGUCUCUGGGGGUCAUCAUGUACGAAAUGCUGAUCGGCUAUCCGCCGUUUUGCUCCGAGACGCCGCAGGAGACGUAUAGGAAAGUGAUGAACUGGAAGGAAACCCUCGUCUUUCCACCCGAAGUCCCUAUCUCAGAGAGAGCCAAGGAUUUGAUAUUACGGUAUUGCACUGAUGCUGAGAACAGAAUCGGGGCCGGCAGUGUGGAGGAGAUCAAAAGCUAUUCGUUCUUUGAGUCCGUAGACUGGGAGCACAUCCGAGAACGACCCGCAGCCAUCUCCAUCGAAAUCAAAAGCAUCGACGACACGUCCAAUUUUGAUGACUUCCCCGAGUCCGACAUCCUGCAGCCAGCCAAUGCAACAGAACCGGACUUCAAGUCCAAGGAUUGGGUGUUCCUCAACUACACCUAUAAGCGCUUCGAGGGCCUGACUCAACGAGGCACCAUUCCCACAUACGUGAAGCCCGGGAAGGCCUGACGGGAUCACAAGCUGAGUAUUGGGGAAAAAAAAACAUUUACGGACUAACAGGGUCUGGCCUCAGAGGGCCCCAGCUGGUGCUGAAGGUGCUCUCCGCCGACUGUACGUAUAAUCCACCCUCAUCGUUAGCGCCCGCAGAAGUUAGUUAGCGCAUGACCUCGCUUGUCUGCCGCAGCUCUCAGACUUUAUGUGCAUGCGCCAACCUCACAAUCACCACCUCCACCAUGAACGCAGGUAGCUGAAGGAGCAGUUAUGCAAAACAAGCACCUGCGUCUGUACACUCUGGAACAUUCUAGAACACGUCCUCUCAAAGGAAGGUUUCAGCAUCCUUUGGCUUGUUAACGUCCUUUUCAGCUUGUUUUGCCAAGCCAGUUUUGAUAUAUUUUCCACAAUAAUAGACUUCGUUGUGACCUCACGUUUCCCCUUCGCAAAAAAAAAACACUUCAAAGUAGAGAUUGACCGAUUAUUGGCCGAUAAUCGACGCCAAUAUUUGGCAUUUUCACAUCUAUCGGUAUUAACUUUUUUUUGAUCGCUAUUGUCAGGUUCAAACACUGAUGACAUCUAUUGAACAGACAAAGAAGCAAGGAAUUAAACUAGAGACAGAAUUAAAUUUAGCUCAAUUGAGGAGAAACGUCUGGGCUGUACUCUUGACAGUCUCCCGCCACGCUCUGACGAAAGAUAGUACGCCUCCUCUUUUAUUUGUACUUUCCCUGAUUACAUGGCGACAGCUGUUUCUAAAGGAAGGGGGUCGUAAACAGCCGCUGCGUUUGGUCACAAAACAGUUCAAAGGAAAGGUGCCCGGAGGGGGAGUCAGGCCCUGCUUCCUCUCCGCUUUGUAGAUCUCGGGUCAAGACAAAAUCUUCCUGUGGAUUACAAUAAAUCAAAGAAACCGACACCUUCAUGUCGCUUCCCAUCCUACACAGUGGAGUUUAGCAAGCCUUUUGAUUGGUAAGAUCAAAGACAGCUUUUGUCUAAAAAAUAAAAAAAAAUAUUUUUAUUUUUUUUGUCAUAAAGAAAUACAAUCAUGUGUGCUUACGGACUGUAUCCCUGCAGACUGUAUUGAUUUAUAUUGAUAUAUAAUGUAUAUAUUGUGUUUUUUAUGUUGAUUUAAUUUAAAAAAAACAACAACAAAAAAAAACAAUUCUUGUGCGGCCGUGGCCCGGUACCAAUCGGUCCACUGACCGGUGGUUGGGGACCACUGAUGAAGACGACAGAAAAGAUGUCUCCGGCAAAAAUCCAAAUUUGUGUAAAUAUCCAGUCAAAUAAGAGACUUACUGUAUUUUCCGGACUAUCGAGCCCACCGGUAUAUAAACCGCACCCACUAAAUUUUAGAAGAAAACAAUGUUUCCCAUGUAUUAGCCGCACCGGACUAUAAACCGCAGGUAUAUACGUUGUGAAAUUAGUUAUUUACACAGAAAUAUUCUGUAAAUGUUUAUUUACAUGCCUCAAUUGUUUUCAAACAGUGUUUGUAACAAGGCAGUAAAACGGCUGAUCAAACAAAACAGAAGUCAUGGUCAUGGGCCCACUAGCUGUGGAUGCUAGCUUUCCAAUCAGCUUAACCGACUCAAUAACUCCUCGGUGACUUUUUGGUGAAUUUACUGAGGAGUUUGUGAAACUGAAACAAUACAAAAAAGAAUGCCAUUGUAAGUUAAUAAUACUGACACAGACACUGGUUAGCAUAUUAGCUAAUGCUAACCACGCUUGCAUCAUUCCAUUACGAUAGCACCUUUUUGAUUGAUUGAAACUUUUAUUAGUAGAUUGCACAGUACAGUACAUAUUCCGUACAUUUGACCACUAAAUGGUAACACCCGAAUAAGUUUUUCAACUUGUUAAUCAAUUCAUGGUAGUACAAAUAUGCAUGAAAACACUCCUACAGACAUCACACAUGGGGCGCUUUAGUAAGUAAGAAUUGUUUUAGUUAUAUUGUAAAACUUACAAACGUUGCUUGGAGUGACGGAAUGAAGAAUCCAUACCAGUGGAACCGCUAUGGACGACUAGAAGACGGAACGGCACUUUCGCUUCCGGUUCAAAGCUCGGUCUUAACAGAAGGACACUGCAAUACCUGCAAAAGAUGGCGCCAUAGCACGAACAAUAACACACCUAUUCAGUGUGUUUGCUUUUUGGCCAUCAGCAAAGAUAAUACCAUAAAUUAGUUUUAUAAGACGCAGGGUUCAAAAAGGAAAAAGUAGAGGCUUAUAGUCCGAAAUUUCCCGUAUUAAAUACUAAGUAAAGAAGAGCAGGCAGCAGCUCACACAUUCUCAUACUUUCUGUAACAUCCAGAAAGUAUUGAAAAAUGCCUCAACUAUAAUCUACGUCAGGGGUCUCCAAACUACGGCCCGCGGGCCGGAUCCGGCCCCUCAGCAUCCAAAAUCCGGCCCACAAGAAGUCCCAAGUAAAAAAUUAAAAAAUAAAAUCAUAUUGUCUAAAAAUGAAUUUUCCCAUCGAUAACGUGACAAUGUUAAAUGUUGAUGAACAUCAAUGUUAAUUGAUGUUAAAUGACAAAACGGAUUAUAAAGACAAUGUAUAUAUGUAUAUAUACAUAUAUAUAUAUAUAUAAAUAUAUAUAUAUACAUAUACAGCCUGGACCCCGGCCAAAUUUUUUUAACCCAAUGCGGCCCCCGAGUCAAAAAGUUUGGGGAUCCCUGAUCUACGUGAAGGAGCCCAGAAUAGUUUUUAUGUAAAUGUUGACAAUAUUUCAGAAACCUUACAAUGUAUUAAAUCCAUAAAGUGUUAUAAAAUGGAGUAGAUGAUGGUUUAAAAAUCAUAUUUUGACCAAUUUUCCCAGGAGAUGUUCCAUAUUUUUGAAUUGACGCUCCUCUUAGACACAUUCAAUAAAGGUUUUUUUUUUUUUUUUUGAUGAUAAAUUAAACACAACAUCAAUGUCACUACUGGUCCCACCUUUCCUUAAAAAAAACAAUUUAAAGCCUUCUCCAGAUGUUAACUGCCAUAUAAUAUUCAUCUUUAAAUAACUUUUACUGCUAAUGAAGCUCACCUCUAAAUAUCGCUCGUCGGCCUCCUGAUAAUCGGUGUCGGUCCUGGAAAAAAAAAAAAAAUCGGUCGAUCUCUACUUCAAGGCAUGACUGAUACCAAAUGCACCGCCGUGGCAUCUGUAAAGGCUUUAAGGGAAUUGCUGAGUAUGAUUUGUGUGGAAAAAAACUAUCAAAAAAAAUCAACAAUGUUACAAAAGUGCAUAGUUGAGCAAACAAUGGCACUGUAGGAGGGAAUAAAGUAUGAGAAUAACUCAGGAAAUAUUGUAUAUUUAUCUCAAAUAGGCUGUUGAGGGUUUAGGGUUGCCUCAAGAGUGUUACAGGGUAAAUACUUAAGUGUGUAUUUACAGUACACUGAUUCACAUCAAACAAAUCAUGCUGGAAUCUUCCUUGUGCUGUGCAAAAAAAAAAAAAACCUCUCUACAGUCACUUCCCCUUUUUCAUGUCUCUUAUUUAUACGUCACGGAAGCUCCAAUCAGUCGAGGUCCAAUCACUUCCUUCUCAGAAGUGCCUUCACAUAGCUGCCCAAUAAUAUUGCAUCAAUAUUGUAAGCGGUCAAUCGAAAGGCUUUUUCACCACCCUAAAAACUCUUCACACCGGCGGACGAAAAGGGAAAUCACACACACAAAAAAAAAAGGCAAUAAAGUUGUAAAAAACGGGGAAAAGCGCUUUUACGGCUUCGCUCAUUAAUUAUUGUCAAUGAAUCCCAAAAUGGGAAGUAUCAAACGUGUCCAGUUAACGCACCGGUCAAUCCCAAGUUCUUUUUGAUGACAUAUAUGUUGAGUAAAAAGGACUACCAAGACAGAAUGAUACAAUACCAAGGUUUUAUUACUAAAGCUUUAGGAGACCAGCCCUUACAACGCGACAAUAGCAUCAGCAAGCGAGGUCUAAAUCAGCUUACUGUAUGUAGAGCGAAAACAGCCCCUGUCGCCCAGAAAGAAAAUGCAGCUGCUACUUCAAAACAGAUAAGGAACUGGCCAAAACAGCUCUGUGAGUCGACAAACAGGAGCCCUUACAACAGGGGUGUCCAAACUUUUUCCACUAAGGGCCGUACACGGAAAAAUUUAAGCAUAUUUUUCAUUUUCAAACCUUAACAAAAUAUAUGGAUUUUUUUUUUUUUUAAACCUUUAGGGCUCCCGGGGACUAUAAAGGGUCUCGGUCAUUAAACUGUUAAAAAUAAGUCAAAUUAUUAUUUUUUAUUUAAUGGUAAAUCUCUAUAUCAACUUGAGGUUGAUAUAAAGUAAAAAAAAAAAAAAAAAAAGGUUUUCUGUCAAAGACAACUUUGUUUUUUAUAGUAAAACUGAAAUUUAAUUUAAUAUUUUUGAGUAAUCACAGUGAAAAGUUAAAUAAAAUCCUACUAAAUAUAUUUGGGAUCGAAAAGGUCCCCCACUCAUAAAGUGAUACAUUUUUAUUAGUUUUU